AUGAGCGCCCCAACCCCGCCCAUCACUACUAACAACGAUCAUGGCGGGUCCCGCCCCUCAGCCUUCCGCCGCUUUUCCACCCUCAGCACCCGCCUCCCAGGUGGCAAUAUCCCAGACACAUUCCGCAACAAUUUCAUCGCUACCCUAGGGGAAUUCGUCGGCACUUUCCUCUUCCUCUUCUUCUCAUUUGCUGGCACGCAGAUCUCCAAUGAGCCCCCUCCAACCCCCGGCGCGAAACCAAACCAUAUCGCCUUGCUCUAUUCCUCCUUGGCAUUUGGCGUCUCUCUCGCCGUGAACGCCGCCAAGCCCAAGAGGCGGCAGACAACUCAAGAAGUUCCCCCUAAUAUCGUGUAG